AAAUAAGCUUUUUCAGAUAGUGAUUAAGAAAAAAAUAUGUCAGUAGUUAAUCCAUGUUUUAAUUUUAACUAUGAUUACAGGCGGAGCUACUGUCAUUUUAACAAGGAUACUGGUCCGGGUCGGGUCAGGCCCAGUUCCAGUUCAAGUAAGUUCAUUUCGUCACUUAACCGGCUUCAGUCGCCGGUGAUGGUGAACAAUCUGAGAACCGCCCAUCACCACCGCCGGAAAGCGGUGGUUCUCGGCGAAGCUGUUGCUUCUGAUGAUGAUCAUCUUAUCUUGCCCAGUCAAGAUUUCUCACAACAAGCUCAUAUUUCAUCUUUUCAACAGUAUGUGGAGAUGUAUAAGAGAUCAGUUGAAGACCCAGGUGGAUUUUGGUCAGAAAUGGCUUCUGGGUUUUACUGGAAAGAAAAAUGGGGUCAGCAGGUGUACUAUGAGAAUCUUGAUAUCACAAAAGGGAAUAUCAAAAUUGAGUGGUUUAAAGGUGGGAUCACCAACAUUUGUUAUAAUUGUUUGGAUAAAAAUAUUGAGUCUGGAAAUGGUGAAAAAAUUGCUCUUCAUUGGGAAGGAAAUGAGCCUGGUGUUGAUGACUCAUUGACUUAUAAUCAGCUGCUAGAUAGAGUUUGCCAGCUUGCAAAUUACUUGAAAGAAAAUGGUGUUAAAAAAGGUGAUUCCGUGAUUAUCUACUUACCAAUGCUCAUGGAACUGCCAGUGGCUAUGCUAGCAUGUGCUCGUAUUGGUGCUGUUCAUUCGGUUGUUUUUGCCGGAUUCUCUGCGGAGGCUCUUGAACAGAGAAUUAUUGAUUGCAAGCCGAAGAUUGUGAUAACUUGUAAUGCGGUUAUGAGAGGCAAAAAAGCAAUUAAUCUUAAGGAUAUUGUUGACACUGCACUCUCACAAGCAUCUAAAAAUGGAACCUCUAUUGGUUUAUGCCUGACCUAUGCAAAUGAAUCAGCCUUGAAGAAGGAAGCUACUAAAUGGCAAAAGGAAAGAGAUGUUUGGUGGCAGGAUGUUGUUCCCAAAUGUUCUACUAAGUGUGAUGUGGAGUGGGUUGAUGCAGAGGAUCCGCUUUUCCUUCUCUACACCAGUGGAAGCACCGGAAAGCCUAAAGGUGUUCUGCAUACCACAGGAGGAUAUAUGAUAUACACCGCCGCAACGUUCAAAUAUGCUUUUGACUACAAGCCAUCUGAUAUAUACUGGUGUACAGCUGAUUGUGGUUGGAUUACUGGACACAGUUAUGUUGCGUAUGGACCUCUGCUAAAUGGCGCAACGGUUUUACUUUAUGAGGGGGUUCCUAAUUAUCCCGAUCCUGGAAGAUGUUGGGAAAUUGUUGACAAGUAUAAAGUGACAAUAUUUUACACUGCUCCCACACUAGUGCGUUCUCUUAUGCGCGAUGGUAAUGAGUAUGUUACUCGAUAUUCUCGCAAAUCUUUACGAGUCCUUGGUAGUGUAGGCGAGCCAAUCAAUCCAAGUGCAUGGAGGUGGUUUUUCAAUGUAGUUGGAGAUUCAAGAUGUCCAAUAUCAGACACUUGGUGGCAAACAGAGACCGGGGGCUUCAUGAUUACUCCCUUGCCCGGUGCGUGGCCUCAAAAACCAGGUUCUGCUACAUUCCCAUUUUUCGGGGUCCAGCCUGUUAUAGUGGAUGAAAAGGGGAAGGAAAUUGAAGGUGAAGGCAGUGGAUAUUUAUGUGUUAAGAAAUCAUGGCCGGGAGCAUUCAGGACUCUAUAUGGCGAUCAUGAAAGAUACGAAACAACUUAUUUCAGCGCAUUCCCAGGCUAUUAUUUUAGUGGUGAUGGCUGCAGUAGAGACAAGGAUGGAUACCACUGGCUCACUGGAAGAGUUGAUGAUGUAAUUAAUGUUAGUGGACAUCGAAUUGGCACAGCCGAGGUUGAAUCUGCUCUAGUUUCACAUCCUCAAUGUGCGGAAGCAGCAGUAGUUGGUGUUGAGCAUGAGGUCAAGGGACAGUGUAUAUAUGCAUUUGUUACUCCAGUUGAGGGUGUUGAAUACAGUCAAGAUCUCAGAAAAAGUCUUGUGCUUUCAGUCCGAACUCAAAUUGGAGCAUUCGCAGCACCAGACAAAAUUCAUUGGGCACCUGGUCUACCAAAGACAAGAAGUGGGAAAAUAAUGAGAAGAAUACUGAGGAAAAUCGCUUCUAGGCAGCUAGAUGAGCUUGGGGAUACAAGCACACUUGCAGAUCCACAUGUGGUUGACCAGCUGAUUGCCCUAGCCGAUUCCUAAGUAGCAAGGUUUUGAGUCCCCAAGAUUAUCUUCAGCUUGUUUGAGUGGACAAGUAGAACAGUUAAUGGCUUAUAUUAUAAACAUAUACUACCGAAAACUGGCAACAAACCAUUUUGUCGGGUGUCAGUUAUAAUGAAUGAAAGUUUAAUAUAGGGAUUCAACUUUUACUCAUAGGAAACUAUUUACGGAAAUCAUGUUUAGUGAUUGUCAUGUAAAGGGUAACUUUGGUUUAAUCAUACAUGAAAUAAGUUACAGAAGUAAUGUUCAGCCAA